AAAAAAAUACUGAUAUAAAAAUAUCGGUGUUGAGUUGGCUUCAUUUUCCACUUCCACUUCAGAACAAACUGCAAAACCAGACACAGUUUCAGUCUUCAGUGAACUUUUAUAAACGUUAAAGGUCAAAAAAUCUUGCAGCUGAAAAGGGAGUAUACAUGCUCCUGAACUGAACAAUAGUUGUCUUGUCACUAUCUAGUUCAUGCUUGGUGGGGCUUUGCAUUCCAAAACCCAAAUGGAAAACAUGCAUUGGUCGCAUAAACAUUCACUGGUGCUGUGUUUGUUGGCCAUGCUUCAAACACCUUCCUUGUGUCAAAGUGAAGAAACAACAGCUGUGUACAUUGUUACUCUGAAACAAGCUCCUGCUUCUCACCACCAUCAUGAGUUGAUCACAGUGGCUAAAAAUUCUGGACAUGGUGCAUCUGGGAGAAGAAGAACUAGAGUUCACAAACCAAGACAUCAGAAUGUUACAAAGGAAGAUAAGGGAUAUGCUUCAUACUUUGCCCGUGUUCAUGACUCGUUGUUGAAUAAGGUCUUUAAGGGGGAGAAAUAUCUGAAGCUCUAUAGCUAUCAUUACUUGAUUAAUGGAUUUGCUGUGCUGGUUACCCAACAGCAGGCAGAGAAACUUUCAAGGAGAAGAGAAGUUUCCAAUGUGGUUUUGGAUUUUUCUGUGAGGACUGCAACCACCCACACUCCACAAUUUUUGGGGCUGCCACAGGGUGCUUGGUUUCAAACAGGUGGGUUUGAAACUGCUGGAGAAGGAAUCACUAUUGGGUUUGUUGACACUGGCAUUGAUCCUACACACCCUAGUUUUGCUGAUGAUAAAUCUCAACAUCCUUUUCCUGUUCCUGCUAAUUUUUCUGGCGUCUGUGAGGUUACUCCAGAUUUUCCAUCUGGUUCUUGCAAUAGGAAGCUUGUUGGGGCCAGACAUUUUGCAGCUUCUGCUAUAACCAGAGGAAUAUUUAACUCUUCUCAGGACUAUGCUUCUCCCUUUGAUGGAGAUGGCCAUGGCACGCACACAGCUUCUGUUGCAGCUGGAAACCAUGGAAUUCCAGUGGUCGUUGCUGGACAAUUUUUUGGAAAUGCUAGUGGGAUGGCUCCUCAUUCGCACAUUUCCAUUUACAAGGCACUAUACAGAAGAUUUGGAGGAUUUGCAGCAGAUGUUGUUGCAGCCAUUGACCAGGCAGCUCAGGAUGGUGUUGACAUAAUAUGCUUGUCAAUCACUCCUAAUAGGCGUCCUUCUGGUAUUGCAACUUUUUUCAACCCAAUUGAUAUGGCAUUGCUGUCAGCAGUAAAAGCAGGAAUUUUUGUAGUGCAAGCUGCUGGAAACACUGGACCAUCACCUAUGACCAUGUCCUCCUUCAGUCCUUGGAUCUUCACAGUUGGUGCUACCUCUCAUGAUCGAGUUUAUAGCAACUCCCUAUGUCUUGGAAAUAAUCUCACCGUACCUGGACUUGGACUUGCACCCGGCACACAUGAGAACACAAUGUUCAAACUGAUUCAUGCACGACAUGCUUUGAACAAAACCACAACAGUUGCUGAUGCUAUGUAUAUCGGUGAGUGUCAAGAUGCAAGUAUAUUCAAUCAGGAUUUGGUUCAGGGUAACCUUUUGAUCUGUAGCUAUUCAGUCCGAUUUGUACUUGGUCUCUCCACCAUCAAACAGGCCAUAGAAACAGCCAUGAACCUUAGUGCCGUUGGAGUUGUUUUCUCCAUGGAUCCUUUUGUCACUUCUUUUCAGCUUAACCCAGUUCCAAUGAAAAUUCCUGGCAUAAUAAUUCCAUCUGCAAAUGAUUCCAAGAUAUUACUGCAAUACUACAAUUCUUCACUGGAAAUAGAUGGGGACUCAAAUAAAAUUGUUAAAUUUGGGGCUGUUGCUAGUAUUGGUGGGGGAGUAGAAGCUAACUACAACGAUGAGGCACCAAAGGUUGUGUAUUACUCUGCCAGGGGACCAGAUCCAGAGGAUACUCUUCCUCAUGAAGCUGACAUUAUGAAACCCAAUUUGGUAGCACCUGGAAAUCUUAUAUGGGCUGCUUGGAGUUCUGCUGCCUCUGAUUCUGAUGAAUUUCUAGGUGAGAAUUUUGCAUUGAUGUCUGGCACAAGCAUGGCUGCACCUCAUGUUGCUGGUCUUGCUGCACUGGUUAAGCAAAAGUUUCCCAAUUUCAGUCCUGCAGCCAUUGGAUCUGCACUUUCCACCUCAGCUUCUCUGUAUGACAACAAUGGGAGGUCAAUAAUGGCUCAGAGAUCAUAUCCUACCACAGACCUUAACCUAUCUCCAGCAACUCCCUUUGACAUGGGAAGCGGUUUUGUGAAUGCUACUGCAGCACUAAAUCCGGGAUUGCUUUUUGAUUCUAGUUAUGAUGAUUACAUGUCAUUCCUAUGUGGUAUCAAUGGUUCAACUCCUACAGUGCUAAACUACACCGGUCAAAAUUGCUGGACUUAUAACUCUACUGUUUAUGGCCCUGAUCUGAACUUGCCCUCAAUCACAAUAGCAAGGUUGAACCAAUCUAGAGUAGUACAAAGAACAAUCCAAAACAUUGCUGGAAAUGAAACAUACAAUGUUGGUUGGAGCGCUCCAUAUGGCACUUCUAUGAAAGUGUCUCCGAAUCACUUCUCUAUUGGCAGUGGGGAGAAACAAGUCUUGUCUGUGAUCUUCAAUGCAACCAGCAACAGCUCUGCUGCAAGCUAUGGGAGAAUUGGGUUGUAUGGUAACCAAGGUCAUGUUGUCAACAUUCCCGUAGCAGUCAUUUUCAAAAUCUUAUAACAACCUAACAGGGUUCCUUUCUUUAAUUUCUUCUUCAACAAUUCACUUUCACUUUGCUUUGUUUUCUUAAACUCUAGUUUUUGUUUCAUUGGGUUACAAAAUGUAUUGGCUAUUUUUUCAUUCGUUUUACUGAAGUGUAAAGUUUACUAUGUAUAAUAUCAGAUAGUGUGUGUGGAUGCACUUACAAGUGAUUAGUCACAAUUCUGAUUUCUUA